AUGGCCGGUCACAUCAAAUCUAGCGAUGGUGGUCAUCAGGGCGUCGAUGCCAAAGAAAGCCAACAAGGCAUUACGCACUCCAAAUCUUCCUCAUUGGCCUCUAACAACAGCGGCGACACUCUUCACAACUCCUCCAACGGCGAUCAUGACGCCCCCUACAGCAGUCCUCCAAGCGUCAACGACCUCGCGUUUGAGAACCUUGCCAUUGACAAUGGAAACUCUCCUGUCUUCAAAGGCGGUAUGGGGCGCUACGACAACCCCUAUCAGCGCGGCUCCAAAACCCACAAUGACACCAGCCAAUACAGCCAAGCUCCGCACCACCCUGUUCGCAACAACCGCAACUAUCCCUCGGGUCCUACUUACAACGCACGCACUCGAGGCGGAGGCGGGGUCGCAGGCUUCCGCAACUCGCACACAUGGGUGUCUCCCGAGGCACAAGCUCAUACCGACUUCAUGGUAAUCCGCAACUCGAUGCGACGCCUAUUCAAGAGCGCUGAUGUCUCGAAAUGGAAGCUCAGCGACUACAUCGCCCACCUCGAAGCCAUGGCCAUUGCCGAAGCCCACAGACUCUCCGCGCGAGUAAAGUCGAAGGAAGAAGCACACCUCCUCCACCUUUCCAUAUCGCUAGACGUCCAGCACACGCUGCGCAAGUGCGGCCUCGCGGACGCCAACUUCGACCAGCGCGGCAACUACGGCCGCAUCCUCGGCGAGCAGACUAUCUGGUGUCUCGACUGGACGAGCGGCAAGGACGAGAUUGCCCCGUGGCCCACUGAGUGCGAGAUGAAGUGGGAGGGCGAUGACCGGGCGAAGACGGGCGUCGGACGCUUCUUGCCGCUGCCGAGGGAAGAAGGCCCACCUGGUAUCCCGUGGAAUCAGCUCCCUGUCGUCGAACAAUAUCCUAUCGACAUGAUUGCGCGCAUUCCCACUAUGGAGGAUGUGUAUCUGCCGGUUGAUGAGAUCGAUAACGACGUUACGUUUGAUCUGGUUAACAGGGGUCUGGUCGACGCCAUCGAUGGGUGCUUGGAGUUGUAA